AUGUCUUCGUAUAAUCGCAUUGGUGUUGUGACUGGAGCAAACAAGGUGAGUCUCUCUCUCUCUCUCUCUCUCUCUCUCUAUAUACAACAUCUAUCGAAAAAAAAAAUCUUCCAUGUUCAACAAAUGCUAACCAUGGGCGUCCCGUUUCAAUCGAAAAAGGGGAUUGGCUACGCUAUAGUCCGCCAACUCGCCCUCCAACACUCCGCCUCCAACGCCAAUAAACCUACCACCCCUUCCCUCCUCGUCUACCUCACCGCCCGCGACCAGGCGCGUGGCGAAGCAGCGCUCGCGGAGAUCAAACAGGACCCGCAGUUGAAAGCUGCGAAAGCGCUCGUUGGCGAUGGGGGAGCGGUGCAGAUUAUGUUCCGGCAGCUUGAUAUCACUGAUCGUGAGAGUUUGAAGAAAUUUGUAGAAGGGGUAAGGGAGGAGCAUGGGGGAGAAGAUGGGGGAGUGGAUUUUGUGGUUAAUAAUGCUGCGAUUUAUCUUCCGGGGUUUGACUCUGAGGUCGUGAAGACGACUUUGGACUGUAAUUACUACAGCACCAUGGGCGCAUCGCGCGCUUUCCUCCCUCUGCUUAAACAGAACGGUCGAAUGGUAAAUGUUGCGAGUACCGUUGGAGGAUUGUCUUACUAUCCCGACGCGCUGCGCGAUCGCUUCCUCGCGACGCAGACAGAGGCUGAUGUUGAUGCAAUUAUGCACGACUUUCAGUCCGCCGUGGAUACUGGCAAAGAAGAGGAGAGUGGGUUCCCGAAGCUGGCGUAUGAGGUUUCCAAGGCAGGACUCAUCGGUGCUACGAGGGCUCUCGCGCUUGCUGCGAAGCGUGAAGGCAAGGGGGGAGUGUUGAUUAAUUCUUGUUGUCCAGGAUACGUAAAGACGGAUCUGAACGGACGGGGUAAGUAUUUUCUAUUCCCUUGA